AUGCAUAAAGAAGGGAUGACCCUAGUGUAUUCAGGAACACAAGAUCGCCACGAAUAUGGUGUAGGCUUUCUCCUAGGGAAAAGAUCUUCCAAAGCCCUGAUGGGAUAUUGGCCAGUCUCGGAACGAAUUCUUAUGAUCAAGCUUAAUGCAAAACCUUUUAAGGUAACCUUAAUUCAGAUAUAUGCUCCAACAUCAACAAGUUCCGAAGAAGAUAUUGACAAUUUUUAUGAACUCCUGGACGAAACUGUGAGACAAUGCAAGUCACAAGAUAUCGUUUUUGUCAUGGGAGAUACAAAUGCCAAAGUCGGCCGAGGUAAAUGGAAAGAUAUAGUCAGUCCCCAUGGACUAGGAACACGAAACGACAGGGGAGAUAAGCUCGUUGAAUGGUGUGAUAGAUAUGAUCAAGUCAUCCUUAACACCUGGUUCCAACAUCAUCCCAGGCGACUAUGGACCUGGAGAAGCCCUGAUGGGAAAACAAAAAACCAAAUCGACUACAUAACCAUUGACAAGAGAUUCAGGAACUCAGUUUUUAAAACCAAAUGCUAUCCGGGCGCCGACUGCAAUAGUGAUCAUGUGCCGGUCGUUUGUGGAUUGAGAGUAAAACUGAAGAAUAUCACCCACAGGAAAAAGACUCCAAAAAGAGAUCUCCGAUUGCUCAGGGAAGACAAGAAUGUUAGAUCGAAAUUCCAAGAGGAAACAUUUCCGAAGAUAGAAAUCGUUGAGAGAAAUCAGAGAAACUCGGAGGAAACAUACAGUGCUUUGCAAGACAUUCUAGUGAACUCUGUUGAGAAGGUGGUACAAAAAGAACAGGGCGGUAAAAAGCAAGAUUGGAUGACAGAAGAAAUUCUACUACUUAUGGAGGAAAGAAGAUUAUGCAAACAAGAUAAACAAACCUACGAUCGUUUAGACCUGCCGUCUCACAAUGCACGGUAUCUCAGUCAAGUGCAURAGUCAAACACAGUCUAA